CUGAGCGAAGUGUCCAAGCUGAAGCCCCUCCCUGACCUGAUCCAGCUAGACGUGGCGGGAAACCCUCUCACAGAGCUGCCCCACAGCCGUCUGUACAUCGUGUUCCACCUGAGGACCGUGGAGAUACUGGAUGGUCAGUCGGUCGGUGAUUCAGAGAGGAGUCAGGCACAGGACCGGUUUGCCUUGGACGAGGUAGAACAGUUAGAGAAGAAGUUGGAGCAGGAGGAGAGCAAGUACCGCCAACUGGCCGAGUCUCAUAACAAGUCCGUACAGGAGCGUACCCAACAGGAGAGCUCCCAGACCCAGCUCCUAUCCCGGGAGAGAGACAUGCAGGAGAAGCUACGCCGUAUGGAGCAGGAGCUGUCAGCCAAGGACGAGCUGCUGAAGAAAAAGACUUCGGACCUGAACAAAGCCAGCAACAAACACUACCAACUGGAGCAAGAGCUGGCCUUCUACAAAAUUGACUCCAAGUUCGAUUCCCUCAACGAAGCUCCCAAGUUUCAAGUAGAAGACGUAAGUACAAAACUGGAGCUGUUUAGAAAUUCUGAAUGA